AUGAAUUGUUAUAAGAAAGAAAUCACCAAAAAUUGGUUGUAUUAAGAAGAUAAGUAUAUAGAAAAUAUAGUCGGUGCUUUCGAAGUAAUAAAAUUGCAUGAAGAAAGAUCAAUAUAAGCUGGAAAUGCUCGUCAGAAGAUUACAGAGCAACUUCAAAAGUAUAUUGAUGAAAAUCCAGAAGAUUUGCCUCCACAUCAAGCUACUCAACAUGUUCUCUCACUCGAUGAAUAACUUCUUGAUUAUCCAUGUUACAAGAAAGGUGGCAUCUUUGGAUCGGUGACUCAAAGAUAAUGUCAAUUAUAAAAAACCACCCUUGGAUAAUCUAAGAAAGGCAAUGUCAUUAUAAAGACCUUUGGUGUCAUUAAAACAUUCCAUAUCUAACAUGUUGAAGAUGCCACUAAGGAUUUCAAAUGGGAUGUCAGUUAUCAAAAGUUUCCCGUAAGACUCUUAUUCAAUUUUGUAAAACACGGUCCUGUGUGGAUCUAUUUUAAGGAUGACGAGGAAUGUCAAAAAUUCUAUGAUUACUUCAAGUGCCACAUGGCUAUGAAUAAGAUACAAAAAUUACCCACUAUUAUUCAAGAAUCAAUGUCACUUGUAAAAGAGAAUUAUUUACUACUGUUUGCUCAAAGAUUAGAGACCUACUCAAUUCAUGUCAUUUAACAAAGGAAGAAGGCUGCUAAGUUAGGCAAAGAAGAAGCCAAAUUCUUGAUGGAGAUUGAUAUCAAAAUUAUAAGGAAUAUAUUAUAGAAGAAGUGGUUAAACAAGAGUGUUUAAUUCUUCAAAAGAGAAGAGAGAAUGAAUCAAUUGGCUGAUGAAGAGAGGAAGAAAUUAGAAUAAAUAAGAUAAGAAGAUGAAAAUAAAAAAAUGAAUUGGCGUUAAUUUUUGGGAUCCAAAUCUGUACUCAAUGUUGAAUUGGCUGAAUGGCUAAGACCAAUGAUGGCAGACUGGCUAGAAAAAAGUGAAGAAAUACAAAACACUAAAAAAGUUAGGGAAUUGGUCUUCACCAUACUCAUCAAAUCAAUUAAUAUUGCUGUUGAUAUUAAUUUAAUUAAACCAACCAUAUUUGUUGAAUUAUAAUCAGUGGAAUAGGAUUCAAAAUUAACUAUGGAAGCCUAUUUAGGAUAACAAAAAACAGAUCAUUUUUAUAAUUGGCUCUUGAGGGAAUAAAACUUUGAGAAUAAAAUUAUGUCCAAAUAAUAGGAGAGGAAACCAUGCUCUUUCAUUAUUUCAAAUAUCAAUAAUCAAGAUGUCUUUUAAAUCUAAUUUAAGGAUAUGGUCAAUGCUUUCUAUGACACGGCAACUAUCCCUUUCAAAAUUAUUGUCAAAGAAUUACUUCAACAAUCUUAGCAAGGAAGAUCCAUGUGGAUACCCUUAAAAUUAGUGUAAACCAAUUCAUUGAAAACUGAAUCCAAGGAGGGCAUCAUUUAUGUGGAAAUUGAUAUUCAUGUUAAACCAUCAAUUAUGAUGCAUAAUCCCUAAUCCUACGAGGAGGAACUAGAAUAUAUAGUUGAACAUAGUCUUGCUUUUUCUGAUCCCAUUUAUUUGAGCACGAUACAAAUUCCCAAAAUGAAUAAGGAUAUCAUGAAAUUCAUUCUCAUCACCUUAGAAGAAAGCAACAUUUGCAUGAAAUAAAGCAUGUAGAUGUUAAGCUACAUCCUGUUCUUAUAAUAAAAGAACCCAGAAACUCUGAAUAAACAAAUGCAUCAAUUAUAAAUGGUCUUUAUUAGGAAGGUUAUUUUGAAUUUGUGUCACAAUUUUGGAUUAAUGGAAUAAUAGAUCAAGCAAUACGAACUGGUCUCAUACCGCUUAGAAUCUAUGAAUUUCUACAAUAUCAAAAAUCCCCAAGUAUAAGAAUUAGUUAAUGGACUCUUUUUAAUGGGGAUUCCCUAUUAUCUAAGAAACAAAUUAUGGUUUCAAUUAUUAUAAAUAUCCUUUGAGCCCAUGAAGACAAUUUUGAGUUAAAACUACAAAGUAAGUCUUGAUAGAGAGGAUGGUAUGAAUGAAAGUGUGUCUCUCUAUUUCAAAUUAUCCCAACUUAAAUAACAUUUAAAAAAAACACUUCUUUAAUAGAUUGACCUCUAUUUGAGACAGGAAGACAGUCGAAAAGGAUUUGGCAAUGAGCAAUUUUAUUAUCAAUUAAAGAAUCUUUUGAUUUGCUUCUUGUUGUAUCAAGGUAAUUAAGGAUUGAUCCCAAACCAUAUGUAUAUUCAUCAUCUAUUCACCUUUGCCAAAAAGAUGCUGGUCAUGUAAAUCUACUAUCAUGUCAGGUACAAUGAUUACACUGAAUUUGCUAAUGAAACUAAAUAGACUCCUUCUGAUUUAAUCAACGAAAGCAGAGCUUUCUGGCUAUUAGUUGGCUUUCACAAUUAGGUUCUGGCUGAUUAUCCAUUAUAUGAAGACUAAACCUUAUAAAAUCGAUUAUUCCUUGAACAAUGUGCUAAGUUAAGAGUGUAUCUCAACAAAAAGCAUCCAGAUCUAUUUCACAAAAUGUUCUUAUAUGGGAUUGAAGUGGAGAACGAAUUGUUUGAAUUGUUCUUCAAUCUGUUCUCUGAUGUCCUCCCAUCAGAAACUCUGUAUAGAGCCUGGGAUCUCAUCAUUUAUUAGUAAUAGCAAUCAAUAAAAGCCACAUCAGAAAGAGGAAAUAUCAUUAUUUCCAUUACUGCAGCUCUGUUAUUACGAGUGCAUAAGAAGAUCAAUAAUAUCUCAAAUCACUUGGCUUUUUUGGCUGCUAUCAAAGUAGAAGCAAUGUUGAUUAAUGAUGUCACCGAAUUCUUUACAGAAGUUUUAUAGGUUCAGAAGGAGUUGAACUUAGCAGUCUAAAUUGAAUAUUAGGAAGAAGGACCACCAAAAUUAGAACCUUAAGUAGAAUAUAAAAGUAUUAAUUUGCUUAAAGUAUUCCCUAGUCAAGUCUGAUUAUAGAAUUUUUGAUGUCCUAGACGAAAAGUAUCCCAAAGGUUCAUAAUAAAUGCAAGUGUAUUAGUAUUUAAAUUUUAUUGAUUUUUGA